AUGCAUCUACCCAAUGCGCGUUGCUCUCCAAGCGUUUCCCAACUGACCCAAAACCAGGACACAACAUGCAACUCACUCGGCCGCCAUGUGCCUCGGAUAGAGACAGCAACCAGGCCGGCCAAGCCACUACGUGUCUUGGCAUGUCAUCCGCGUCGGCUGUAG